AUGAGCUCUGCUUCCAGUGAACCUGGCGACAGAACCGACGCCGAGCAGCCCCAGUUGGGGCUGGACACCGUGAUCCAGAGGCUGGAGGACACCAUCCUGAGUCCCACAGCCAGCAGAGAAGACCGGGCACUGACUGUGCGUGGGGAAGGCCGGCAGGCCUCGCCCACCCCUGUGCCUGCCCGCAUUCGGGAGAUCGUGACCGGCAGCCUGGGCGAGGACCCACCCCAAGGGGUGCGGGAGCCAGCAGCCGCCACGGCCCGCGUGCAGGAGGAGAACCAGCUCCUGCAGGAGGAGCUGUCCCGGCUGCAGGACCUGCUGGCCCAGGCGGGCGCUGAUCGGGACGAGGUGGCCAGCAGGUACCACGUGCUCAGCGAGCAGCUACAGGCCCAGCUGGAGACCACCGAGGCUCGGCUGCGGAGGUCGGAGCUGGAGCACAGCACAGACCUGGAGGAGGCCCUCGGCUGUCUGGAGGCCGCGGAGCAGCGGAGCAUUGGCUUCUCCCAGGUGAACACGCUGCUGCGGGAGCAGCUGGAGCACAUGCAGAAGGCCAACGACACACUGGCCCAGGAGCUGGCCAGGAUGGCGGGCAGCAUGCUCCUCCUGCAGGGCAAGCUGGAGCUGCGUGAGGCACAGCACUGGGCUGAGAGAGAGACUGGGCAGAUGGGCCCAGCGCAGUCCCGGCAGCUCGUCCUCCUAUGGAGACAGGCCGUGGCACUCCGGACGCAUGUGGCCGAGCUGCGUGCAGCCACUGAGAGGGGUCUCGCUGACAUGCGAGCAGAUGCAGCCAGGACAGCCCGGCGCCUGCGUACGGCCUGCCUGAACCUCGACUCCAACCUGCGGCUGUCGGCCCGCAGCACAGCCGGCGCGCUGCAGCAGCUGCAGUCCAGGGCGGGGGAGACCCUGCAGCUGCGGGGCCGCUGGCACACGGAGCAGGUGGCGCUCCAGGCCAGACUGUCCGAGCAAACACUGCUGGUGGAGAAGCUCAUGGAGCAAAACAAGCAGAAGGACAGAACCAUCGCUUCCCUCGGCAUGGACGUUCAGAAGCUGGUCGGUGGGGCUGGGGAGCGGGCUGGCUGUGCAGUGGCGGGUGUGGCCCAGGCAGACACUGUGUGCCCAGAGCUGGUGUGGAGCAGCAGCUCUGAGGGUAAGGAAGCACAGACCUGCCUGAAGAGCCCCCCGCGGGCCACGUCCCUGCACCAGGGGCUGUCCCCACCAUGGGCCCGCUCACCAGAUGCCCUGGACCCCGCAAUGCAGGCCGUGUGGGCAGCUAUUGAGAGGCGGCAGCAGCGGGAACAGGGGCUCACGCCCCCCAACCCUCAGCAGGAGCUGCACCUGCAGCUGGAGUCUGCCCAGGCGGCAGCGGCCAGGCUCCGGGAACAGCUGUCUGAGUGCCAGCGGGAGCUGCGGGCCUCGCAGAGGCUCCUGCAGGAGCAGGUGCAGGAGCAGGCUCGGGAGCGCGAGGACUUCCUGGGCCAGCUGGAGGCUCAGAGGCGCGAGGCGCAGCGCUGCCAGGCAUCAGCCAAGCUCUUGGGAAGGGAGAAGGCAGCUCUGGAGAUGGUGGUGGAGGAGCUGAGAGGGAAGGCGGACAUUUCGGAUGCGGAGAAGCAGCGGCUGGAGGCCGUGAACUGGGAACUGCAGAGCAGCCUCCUGCUGUGGGCGGAGCAGAAGGCAGGGCUGGAGCUGCAGGGCCAGUGGGGCCUCAGGGAGCUGGAGAACAGUCCUUCACUGGCAUCCCCUUGGGGUGGCCUCUGCCCCCCUUCCCUACCGCAGGUCAAGUCCAGCAACACUGACCUGGAGCUGCUUGUGUCGCAGCUGAAGUCGGAGGGGGUGGAGCAAAGGGACGCCCUGGCCACGAUGGCCACCCUGAUGGAAGGACUGGCUCAGGACAAAAGCAGCCUGAACCACCUGGUCCUCCAGCUGGAACAGGAGCGGGAUCAGCUGCAGGAGCAGCAGAAGGUGCUAGAGCAGGAGCAGGCCGGUGCCCGGGAGCAGCUGGCACGGGCGGAGCAUCAGCUGGAGUGCAUGCGGGCGGAGCGGAGGGGCCUGCAGCAGGCCUGCCGGAGCCUGGAGAAGCGGCAGGAGCAGCUGGAGGGGCAGGCAGCCCUGCUGGAGAGCGAGAGGGCCCAGCUCCGGGAGCAGGUGGGCCAGGUCACAAACAAGAAACAGGCCCUGGAGGAGCAGCUGGCACAGAGCCUGCAGGACCAGGAGGCCCAGAUGGACACUCUGAAGCAAGCUCUGCAGGAGAAGGAUGCUUUGUCUGAGGAACGGGCCCAGCUACUGUCCAAGCAGGAGGCCCUGGAGAGGCAGGGCCAACUCAUGGCUGAGGAGGCAGCUGGUCUCAGGGCCGAGAGGGACUCUCUGGAGAGCAGCCUCUUUGAGGCCCAACAGCUGGUGUUGCAGCUGCAGGCUCAGCAGGAACAGCUGGAGGGACAGGUCCAGAGCACACGGCUCGCUCGGCAGGCCCUGCAAGGGGAAAUGGAGCAGCUGAAAAGUGACUGGGAGGCCCAGGAGACGAGGCUGCAGCAGGACGUGCGGCGGCUCCAGGAGCAGGUGAUGCAGCGGGAGCAGCACACACAGCUGGCCCUGGAGCGCCAGGCGCUGGCCCACCGCGAGGACCUGGCGCGGCUGCAGGGGGAGAAGGAGACCCUGAGGUUGUCCCUGGCAAGGGAGAAGGAGGCUGCCUGCCGGCUGGAGCAGGAAAAGGCGCUGGUGGCAGCAAGUGCAGCCGAGAGGGAGGCUCUGCGGGUGGAUCAGGACGAGCGCCUCCUCCGGCUGGAGCAGGAGAUGCAGCAGGCCCUGUCUCUGAAAGAAGCAGAGAGGAGCCUGCUGAAUGAGGAACUCUCCAGAGCCACACGGGAGCUGGAGCGUGUGCGGCAGAAGGCCCAGAGCCGGCAGGAGCAAGCCGAGGUGAGCCCCACGCCACCCAAGCCCAGGACUGGGGCCCACCUGGCCGUGUGCACAGCCCACAGGUGCUGA